UUCUAUCUGAAACCAAUUUGGUAGUGUGUUAAAUUUUUACUUUUUCCUAUUAUGGAUCUAAAUAGGGUUUUAAUGACACGUUCUUAAACAUUUUACAAAAUAUAAAAUGAAGAAACUCGGUUCAAUAACUAUCAUACUAUAAUGCGUAGUUGGUACUGUGUAAUUACUAUCAUGAAUAAUGUCUACUGCUGUGUUUAAUGUAUCUAAACUUCAACUUAUAGUUGGCUAUAUUUUCAAAAUAAUGAAUAUGAACUUAUGGCUGAUUUUACUAUUAUCGACGUGGACGGUUACUAAGAUUAAAUGUGAUAUUUCCAAUCCAAAAAAUGGUAACAACUCAAUAAACGACUCAAUGGAAACAGAACCUUUAAUAAUUGUUCAAUAUUAUUAUAAGCCUUCAGGUUUACACCGUACAAAUUUCGCUAAAGAUAUAAGCAUUGACAAUAAACGUUUAUUAAUAAAUGAUCUGUGGAAAAUAUUUUAUGGAGUACUGAAAAAAAUGGAUUUUCAAAAAAGAAAAACUAGUUUAAAGAAAAUUCAUAAAAGAAAUAAUCAACCGAGAACUCUGGAAAACUUACCAGAUUAUAAAUGCAAAACAAAUAAUACAUCACAAGAGAAUUCACCGAAUGGAACUAAAAAAUGCUAUAAUAAUACGUCUUUUUUAUCUCAACAUUGGCGUGUUAUUUUAGAUAUAGAUAUUAAUAUAUUACAAGACUCACGCAACAAGGAUUGUCCAACGUCAAAUGUUACCACCGAUGUUCGUAAAAAUAAUAGCAGUGAAGACAUAUUUUAUCAUUCUAGCACUUCUCCCGAUUAUAGUACUAAUCCGAUUCAAACAAACUCUACUACUAUUUCCAAUUUUAAUACGAAUCCUACUGAAAUUGGCACUACUUUUAAUUAUAAUACUAAUCCUACUAAAAUAAAUUCUUCUACUCCUAGAAACAACCUUAGAGAAAGCAGAACUACUCUCAGUUAUUAUAAGACUUUUGUUGGAAUUAGACCUACUCUAAGAUAUAUUACUAAUCCUACUGAAAUAAAAUCUACUACUUCUAGUACCAAUCUUAGUGAAAUGAGCACUAUUGCUAACUAUUGCACUGAUCCUGCUGAAAUUAACACUACUUUCGAUUAUAAUACGAAUCAUUCCGAAACAAACUCUACUAUUCCUAGUACCAAUCUUGGUGAAUCAACUACUGCUUCUAAUGAUAAUGCUAAUUUUAAUUCAAGCAGCAGUACUGAUACGAAUCUUACCACCAAUAUAGGCACUACUAAUUACAUCACUAGUUCAACUUCAACCUUAAUCACUCCCAACGAACCUUCGUUAGCGUCAAGUAAAAACACAACAUCGCAUCCCAUAAGUGGAACUACAUUAACUACACCAAAAUCUGAUGUGACUUAUAAGAAACCCACCGAAGACUGGUCACCUAAUAGAAAAGUUUGUUUUGGUGAGCACUUGAUAGCAAUUUUAUUUAAGUCGUCCUACACGUAUUUGCAUAACAAAACUGUUUAAAAAAUUAUUUUUAUAAGGUUACCUUUUACAAGUUAAAACUAUACGAUACAAUAUUAUAUUAUCUA